AUGGAAUUCUUGCCCGAUCAUUUGAUCGAAAUACAUGUGUGUCACUUUGUGCAUUUAAAAGACCGAUGGCAUAAUUUAGCUUGGGUUUCAAAGCGCUGGCGACGACUUACGAUUGCGUCCGUCCAUCGUGAGUCGCACGUCGACUUGACAUGGUGUACGGGUCAAACUGAACUUAAAAAGGCUGUGGCCGUGCUAGUUGAUCGUCAGCACAGCACAACAGAGAGCAAUUUCAUGUCUAAGGUUUCACAAUUACAAAGUGUGGCACUUUAUGGUCCGUGUGUCACAUCUCCAUUGCUAUCACAUGUUGUCGAGGGUCUUCAUUCAAAACAAUUGCGGCAUGUGGACGUCGAGUCGAAACAAAUCUCGGAUUCAGCACUGGAGCAGCUCUGUCGCUGUGUGAGUCUUCAAACGUUGGCCUUACACUGUAUCAGACUUACAAAUAAAUCGCUCGUCGCAAUUGCACGCGCAUGUUUUAAACUCACUAAAGUCGAUUUAUCAGGCUCUUUGCGCGUUCAAGACGAAGGAAUUCUCGCAAUUGUGAUCAACUGUCCAUUACUUCAAAAGAUCAACCUCACAAUGUGUCGACGGAUUACUGAUCGUUCGAUCUUGGCGCUAGCAAAACACACAUCAUUAACAUUAGAUGAAAUUAUCCUCGAUCGCUGCCUAAAGAUUUCGGGUCCCGCAAUUCGCUGUCUUUUCAAAUCUCAGCGUAACCUUAGAUCCUUUUCCUGUGCACGCUGUCCAAAGGUUCAAGGUGCCGAUUUCUACAGCUUUCAACCUCUCAAGACGAAGACAAGCUGCGCACUCUCCACACUUGAUGUUAGCGGGUGCGCUGGGUUAGACGACGUUGGUGUAGCUGCACUAGUCGCAUCCAAUCGAAAGACACUACGAUCACUGAAUCUCAGUACAUUGCACUCACUUAAUGGCGCAACAUUUACAACUAUCGCACAAUGCACAGAGCUUCAGUCACUCAAUCUGUCACUAUGUCGGACACUUAACAACCAAGACCUCAGUGCAAUCGCAUCUGGAUGUCCACAGCUUUUGACUUUGUUGCUAUCAGGAUGCAUUGCACUGGAUGAUUUGGGGAUUAAAUCAUUGGCUUCUAAAGCUUUGAGUCUGCAGCAAUUGUCACUUGAGUUCUGCUAUAACAUUACGGAUGAAGGCAUUGCUGCCAUAAUCUCGCACUGUCAGCAGUUGCGACACUUAAAUAUCAAAGCGUGCAAUAACCUCACAAUCGCAUCGUUUCGCACGUUAUCACGACGAAAAUUGCCGUUCGAAACACUAUACAUUGGAGCUUGUGCCAAUAUGGAGACCACGGCGGCUUACUAUUCGAUUGUGAAGCAUAAAUUCCCUCGAUGUCACAAACUAGGUUUGUUCUCGGAAUAUCCGUCUUUAUAUAUCGACACAAGCCGACCGUUUUGCGUGAGCCAUCCAUCGACCAAGUACAUUUUAACAUACGAUAAAAGAGUGUCAGUUGACAACAUUGAAGGCAUGUCAGGUCGUAUUCCUAAUGUCAGUACUCGAAUUGUUCCUAAGAGCAUCACACUACCCGAGACUGGGAGUUGUUUCGACACAACGUCAAUACUUACAAAGCGACCUUCAAACGAUAAAGGCGACGACUCGGCGCACAUUAGUGCCUUCUCGUUGUCAAAAUCCUCGAAACCACACACGACUGACACUUUCCUCCGCAAGGGUCAAGGCUCUGGAGGAACUGCUGAUCUCGAGAAAAGUUUGAAGGCAGAGAAACUUGAGUAUUUGUCUCCUCGGUCACGACACCAACAACCAGCUGCUUUUCGAGAGCGACCUAAUCCACCCGAUACGUCGUUUCGAAGAUUCUAUGAGCGAGCUGAUUUACCGAUUCAGAUCGACCAUGGAGGUGUACGAAACAUGGUGGCGUGGAAAGUGGAUAUCACGAAGCUUGAUUUUCACCACUAUCUCCCGAUAUUCUUUGACGGACUGCGUGAAGUGGAGGAACCAUAUGCGUUUCUAUCCGAACAAGGGAUUAAAGAUAUGCUUAUUAAUGCAAGCAACAAAGUAUUACCAGUCGUUCCACAGCUCAUCAUUCCAAUAAAAAGUGCUCUUAACACACGCAAUGCACGAAUCAUAGUCAAAACUUUGCAUAUGUUGCAGCUUAUGGUAACAUGCGAGUCUGCAGCUCAACCAAGUGGGGGCCCAGGACUCAUUGGUCAAGCUCUUGUACCAUAUUAUCGACAACUUCUUCCUGUUUUAAACAUUUUUAUUCGAAAGAAUGAUAAUAUUGGAGAUGCUAUUGACUACAGUCAGCGUAAGCAAUUGAAUCUUGGAGAUCUCAUUCAACAAACUUUGGAGAUCUUGGAGAUUCACGGAGGCGACGAUGCUUUUAUCAACAUUAAAUAUCUCAUUCCCACCUACCAAAGUGUGUGCUUGGGCUAA